AUGGAAAAACCGAAUGUUAGAUUUUACACUAAGUCAAAGAUGCCACGCAUGCGAUGGGCCACUGACCUCCACCACCAUUUUGUUUAUGUUGUUAAAAGACUCGGUGGAGAAAGAAAAGCAACUCCUAAGAAGAUUGUGCAGGCAAUGGGUGUGAAAUAUCUUACACUAUCGCAUGUGAAAAGCCAUCUCCAGAUGUAUAGGAACAAGAAGCGGAGAGAGACAGUACAAGCAGAAAGGAGAAUGAGACGAGAAAUGAGGUGGCGGGAAUUUCAACAACACCUUCAAAUCUAUGAACGCCUUCGAGACGCUACCAAUUUUAUGCAAAAUCAAUCAAGGCUAAGCUAUAAUACAGAAAAAACAAUCGAAUUUCUGAAACCAAGUAACAAAACUAUGGAGGUCGAACAUGCUCACGACGGUGUGGUUGCUACUGGCGAUGGUGCAGAUGUUCGUUUAAACUCGACAGGACUUUUGAAAGGUGAAGAGAAAUUGUCCCUUGGACUCACUCUUGGACUCAAGUACUAA